UAUUCCAAUUCCAUUUUGGACCUAUCGUCGAUGCUAUCUUCACGCACAUAAAUAGGUAUGAGACUACGUAAAAUAAAAUUGCAUGGAAUUCUUGCGUUCUGCGAUUAGCAAAAGUGAAAACAAAAAUUAGGCUUGGACGAGAUUAUUUGUGCCUUAAAAUUAGAUACAGAUAAAUUAUUUGACCACAAGUUGUGAGUCGACAACUGUUCUGGGAUAAAUAUUUGUUGUCCGUAAGGUACUUUAAAAUUUGUCAUACAGUACCAUUAAAAUCAAUUCCGUGACGACAAACUAAUUAUAGUAAUACGAAAUGGGAGAUUUGAUUGAAAAAUGGGGCGUUGCUCUGUUAGAUCUUUAUCGGCUUGCCCUUACAUUUUACAAACAAAAUUCUGGUAAAGCAAUACAUUUAUCUUAUGACGAUAACCUAAAGCUCAUAGCCUUCAAGCAACAGGCUUCACUUGGUCCUUUUGAAUCAAGUCGUUCUCCUGACCUUGGAGUUUUAGACGUGAUUGGCCGUGAUCGUAGACAGCAUUGGCAAUUAUUAGGAAGUAUAACACGUGAACAGGCAAUGGAAGGCUUUAUAGAUCUUUUGGAUUCAAUGUGCAAUGCUUUUCGUCCAUACGUUGAAGCUGUAAAGCAAAAUCGGGAAGAAACUUUAAAAAAUGAUUUACGUCAAAUGGAGCUCGAUAAUCUUCAACGUACAAAAAUGGAACUUGAACAACAAAAAUUACUUGCAGAAAGUUAUACAGAAGAAAUACAACGUAGGGAGUUGCAAGAUGAAUUAAACAAACAAACGUAUCAACAAUUUAAACUGUAUGCUGAAAAACAAUUUUCCGGAAACCCAGAAAAACAAGGAGUACUUAUACGCCAAUUACAACAAGAACACUAUCAUCAAUAUAUGCAACAGUUAUAUGUACAAAACCAAUUAAAUAGAAAAGAAACCAAUACGAAUACCCAGACAAAUGAAGGAAUACAAAAUAAAAAUGUUGGAGCCCAAAAUUGUGUAGAUAAAAUCGAUAAUAAAUCGUUGCAACCAGGUGAUGAAAAUAAUCCACAACUCGAUGGGAAAGAUGAUUAUGUGUUGAUACAUCCCGCAAAAAUAUGGACAAGACCAGAUAUAAAUGACUUUAAAAUGGAAGUCGCUUCUGGAGCCGGAGACGGGGUAAUAAAUAUAGGUCACGGUGAUACUGUAACAGUUCGAGUACCCACAAACGCACAUGGAAAAUGUAUUUUUUGGGAAUUUGCAACAGACAAUUAUGAUAUCGGUUUUGGUAUUUAUUUUGAAUGGAGUAAGCCUAUAACUGCUGAAGUAACGGUUCACGUAAGUGAUAGUGAUGAUGACGAUGACUUCAUUGAUGAAGAUUAUCUUUCUACGACUGAUGACUUAGAAUGCGGCUCUUUGGCUAAUGAGCGCAACGUCACAACAGAUAUAUCUGGAGUGAAACCACCAAUAUCUAUAAUAAUUCCUAUAUAUAGACGAGAAAGUUUUAAUGAAGUUUAUGUAGGUUCACAUGUAUAUCCAGGUGAAGGUGUAUAUUUAAUAAAAUUUGAUAAUAGUUAUAGUAUUUGGCGUUCUAAAACGUUGUAUUAUCGAGUUUAUUAUGAACGUUAAAAUUAAAAAUAAAAUACCUGUUAAAUAAAA